AUGGGCGAAAAGACAAUAGAACUACGGGCGAACAAGCCCGUCAUCCGCCAGUCACGGUCCUGCAAAGUGUGUCGACUUCGCAAAGUUCGGUGCGAUCGUGUCAAACCAUGUCAGGCAUGCUGUGCUCAUGGCCACCCGUCGAAAUGCGUGUACGAGCCCAUUGCCGACGACGACCUGCGACCCGUCAGCCAAGCCGAAGAGAUCCGCAAUCUGCGCGCGGAGAUCAAGAAGCUACGCGCUAAGAUCAGCGGCAAGGGUAGUAAUCGCGCGUCACGAAUCCGACGACUAGCCCAACUCGAACGCCUGUUCGAGUCCAUCCGUGCGGCACCGCUUGAUGUCGUUGAUGAUAUUGUCGAGGGGAUCCGGGCGACGGGGGAUAAUGGCAAGAAGGCGUUGCUGACAUUUGGGCCAUGGGAGGGUCACGAAGCAUAUGAACGCAGCCAAAGUCUUGUCCAUCGACCUCGUCGCAGCCUGGGUAAUGAGAAUAGCGAGGAGAACAGCGAGCCCGGGUCUUCGGAUAGUUAUCUGUACCGUCGCGGUCAUGCGGUGAAUCCCUUCCUCGUCCAGGAUGGCGACCUUUACACCCCUCUGGUCGAGUCAGUAUCCUCCUUUACCUCAUCUAGACUCGCUUUGGACGUCUUUGUGGAACGGUUCGUGGAUGCGUUCAGCCCAGAGGUGGACUUCAAGGCUGGGCAUGCCGGGGCGAUCCGCGCUGCGGCCCAGAUUCGGAUGUUUUCGCCGUUGAUGUGCGAUGCAUUCGAGGCCGUCUCGGUAGCCUUUUUCGGCCGGUCCAUCCAGGACAAGCGGAUCGAGACCGUGGGGUUCCGCAUGUAUCCACGCGUGCUGCGUGGCUUGCAGGAAGCCCUGAUGGAUGCGGAACGCAGCAAGGCCGAGUCGACGCUGGUGACCGUCAUUCUAUUGAUUGCGUUUGAAAGUGUUGAACGAACGACGCAAGCCUCUGUGGCAACCCACGUGCUGGGUGCGUUGCGUCUGAUCGAGCAUCGUGGACCCGAGAACCAUAUGUACGGAGUAGAGCAUUCGCUAUUUGUCGAGAUGAGACCCUACUGGGUCGCCGGUUCCUUCUUCACACGCAAGCCGACCUUCUUCGCGCGGCCCGAGUGGAAGACGAUCCCCUGGUCGGCGAAUACGACGGCCAAGGACCUGCUGCACUACCUGCUAGACCUGGCGGUGGAAAUCCCCGGGCUGAUGGCGCAGUACGACGAGGUGCAGGCGGCGGAGCGGUCCGGAGCAUGGAGCACCGUGGAGCUGACGGCCAAGCGGGCGACACUCUGGAACGCCGUGACAGGACUCACGCAACAGUACGUCCAGUGGAAGAAGGACUGGGUCGAUAUGUCUCCGGACGGGCCCCCACGCGAGACCACCGGGUCGCAAGGUGAAGGCUUCUUCCCCGUCUUUCAAUGCCGUAACCUACGGACGGGAGCGCUGUACCAGCCGUCGACAUUCUUGUAUCCCAACCUUCGACUCGCGCAGAGCAUGUGUUUGUACUACACGACGCGCCUGGUGCUGUCCUCGGUGGACAAUCGGCCGGACGGCGUGCGGCCCCCAGAACAGUACGCGCUCGCGUGCGAUAUCUGCCGCAGUCUGGAAUGGUAUAUCCGCAAGGCACCGGGCAACAUGAUCAACCGGCUCGCCUUCACAGUGCGGGUGGCCUGGGAGGCGUUUACCCCUGGUGGUCCGGAGAGAGGAUAUCUGACCGAAGUGCUGCAGCUGGUCGAGAAGCGGCAUUCGUUGGCGCUGUGGGGGAGUGCCAUGCCGGAGCUGUCUGUGGCGGCGAGUAGGGAGUAGUACAUUGAAUCCUUAAGUCUUGUCUCAUUCUUGCCAUGUAUAGGUUUUCUGCUUCAUCAAAGCAUAAACGAUUAGACGACAUCCAGGAUGAUAAGAAUACAUUGGCUAAUCUACUAAUCU